AUGAACGGUGAUAUUUGGUUAACAAGUUUCAAUUGGACUGAACGUAUUCGAGGCAUUGUCGAGAACUCCUAUGGUAAAACGAUCGAUUUUGAUAAGCUUAGAAAAGAAAUUAUCAAACAAUAUCGGCAGGUGAGACCUGAUUCAGAUAAAACAACCAAAGAAUUAACGAAUCAAUUAGAAAAGCAGCUUGCCAAAGCUCCAUUCAUUGGUCGAAUGGGUAAUGAUAUUUAUUAUUUGUAUUAUUUUCAGACCAGAGACAACGAUUUUGAUUUAUAA